UGCGACCAUCAAGUCUUUCUGGCAUACUAUGACCAGUUAUGACAGACGUAUGCGACCCCUGAUCCUCGAGCGCAACAUUUCAAAAACUUCAUACUGAAUAACUUGCAGAUUCCUCAUUCGACUCUCCUUACCGAACCGGUCGACAUGUCCCCUUACAGAACGGUCGAGGUGGUAUUAUGACUGGCGUAGCAACAGCCUCCGAUUCUCGAAACGAUGUCUCAUCUCCCUACUCCGACGAAACUGGCCGAGCUUCUCCUCUUCAACCCGACGGCGCUACUUUCGCUCCCACAAGCGCCCCUUAUUCGCCUGGCCUGAGAUCAAUGAGCGCGCGCAAUGCUAGCCAGGGCGAUGGCUUCGAGGUGCAGAGCCCCGGCGACGUCCCAAUGCAAAACUUUUCCGAUGGCCUCCCCCCUGCUCCGCCAGUUGCGCACUCCUGGAGGCGCAUAGACGCAUGGGCAGAUGAUAACUAUCCAGAGCUUUACGACCAGCUAUGCGAAGGUGCUACCAACAAUGAUCUGAACGACCUGGAGCAUCAGCUUGACUGCUCUCUCCCUCAAGACGUCCGCGACUCGCUUAUGAUUCACGAUGGUCAAGAACGAGGAGGAAUGCCCACAGGAAUUAUUUUUAGCCACAUGUUGCUGGAUUGCGAAGAGAUUGUUCAGGAAUGGGAUAACUGGAGGACCGUCAAUCACCAGUAUUUGCUCGAAACAUCUGUUAACAAGCCCUCUACCCCUUCCAAAGCUUUCGGUGGCAGUAAUGAGGCUUCUUCUUCCAAGCAAGGCGCGGCAGCUGGCGGCAGCCCUGGUCCUUGGAGACAAGAUCUCCUUUCUCGCCAAGACUGCGUACCUCCCAAUGCUGUCCAAAAGGCAUAUGCCCAUAGCUCAUGGAUCCCGCUCGUCCGUGACUGGGGUGGCAACAACCUAGCUGUCGAUUUGGCUCCUGGUCCUGGCGGUCAGUGGGGCCAGAUCAUUCUAUUUGGCCGUGACUACGAUACCAAGUACGUUGUCGCCCGCUCUUGGGCUGCAUUCCUGGCUGUUGUUGCAGAUGAUCUCAACAGUGGCAAGUGGUACGUGGAUGAGGAAACCAACGAGCUGAAGUUGCGAGAGUUCAAAGAGACAAGGGUCGAGCCACCAUACUUCAGCAUCCUGAGGUGGAGAAUGGAUCAGAAAUACGGAAGAAGGGCAGCUUCGAACCGAAGGUCGAUGGGGCCCAAGCCUAAUUCUCCUCUUGGUUCCCGCUCCUCUUCGCCUUAUGGCAGUGGUGGUGAGAACGGCGAGCCCCGGGGCCGAUCUAUGCAACGACUCAGUGGAUCAUCUCCUUUGGCUAGCCCUAGACCAGGCCCAGGAUACGGAAAGGCGACACCCUUGAGUAAAGUAACAGAGGAGACGACAAUCCCAGAGCUCGCCGACGCAUACAUUCAGCCUGAGAAGCUUGUGGAGGUCGAAAGUCCUCGGCAAAGCCAAGAUAGCAAGACUCCGAAAGUGACAACUAGCAUCCCCCGGGUGGAAUCCGACCUCCUCAAGGUGGAAGAAGAACCAUCCCCCAAGGCGAACGGUAAAAAGCCUGAGGUGGUUGACGAAUCGAUGAAGACGAUCGAGAUUUAAAGCACCGAGAGAUUGGCAGUGUAUUUUGCAAUAGACGAAAGCACGGGGACUGGCAUAGGGAAAAUGAUUGCAUGAGACUCGUUAUUUUUAUCAACUUCUGGCCAAGGCUUCAGGCGGAGCGACGCACCGGGAGGGUACACACAGAUUUGGCGUUCAAGGCGUCGUGAGAAAUACGCAAGAUUCCAUGAUUCUUUCUAUGAGAGUCAAACUUUUUAUUUUCUCCUUUCUGCACUCCUCAGCUAGACCAUUUCUGGGAGGAACGCGGAAACAGCAUACAAGCCUUAGUAUACUAUGAUAGCUUUGUUUAUUACUCAGGGACGAUGAUGUGGAUAGGUUACCGGGAUAGUUAGAGCUGUGGGUAUACUGCAGCUGGAUGAAACCUCUCAUAGUGAUAGGAUGGAUGGUAAUCAUUGUAUGAAUAAGAAUUCAUAUUUCCAUUUAAAA